AUCAGUUACAUAGUUCGUGAUAAUAUUACAUGUAUAUUGUUAAAAUAAAGCUUUUUUUACAUGUUUUACAAAAAUCGAAAAAUUAAUCGGUUACGAUUUUCAACAAAAGAAUCGAUUAUUCAACUACGUUUCAUUAAAUUAGAAUUCGACUGUCGCAUCGGCAAAUUUUUCAUUUUUUCUGCCUUUCUUCCAUUUGACGCCGUCGGUAUAGCUUGGUGUAUACCACGUUUAAUUUACAUUGUAAAGCAAGAUGGCAACUGAUCAGGAACAGGCUGGAGAUUGUCCCGAUGAUGUUGAAUCUUUAGAAGAGGAAGAAAUCGGACAGGAAAUAUCCAAGCAUAUCGAAAACUUCCCAAAUGUUUAUGCCGCUUUACAACAACAGCGAAACGCUGAAAUGCUGGCACUAUUACCUCCAGCUGUUAAAAGGAGAAUCAAAGCUUUAAAAAAAAUCCAGUUAGAGACUACCCACAUUGAAGCAAAGUUUUUUAAAGAAGUUCACGAUUUAGAGUGUAAAUAUCAUAAGCUGUACGUGCCCUUCUAUGAAAAGAGAAACACCAUAGUUAAUGGACAGUAUGAGCCCAAUGAUGAUGAAUCUCAAUGGCCAUCCGACGAUGAAGUUGAUCUGCCUGAAGCUGUCAAGGAAAAGAUCAAGAUCGAGGACACCAAGGAAACUGAAAUAAAAGAUGAGAAAGGCAUUCCUGAGUUCUGGUUGACCAUCUUCAGGAAUGUCUGUUUGUUAUCUGAAAUGGUGCAGCCACACGACGUGCCCAUUCUAAAGCAUUUGACUGACAUUAAAACAAUCUGCAAGGAAGAACCCAUGAACUUCAUCCUAGAAUUCCACUUUUCUCCAAACGAAUACUUCACCAACACCAUUUUAACGAAAGAAUACGAAAUGAAAUGCGCCCCCGAAGAGGACGACCCAUUCAGCUUCGAGGGCCCAGAGAUAUUCAAGUGCACCGGCUGCGUCAUCAACUGGAACAAAGGCAAAAACGUUACAGUAAAGACAGUAAAGAAGAAACAGAAGCACAAGAGUAGAGGCGUGAUCAGAACUGUCACCAAAACCAUUCAAAACGAUUCGUUCUUUAAUUUCUUCAGUCCGCCCACCAUUCCGGAGGAUACUAAAGAGGAGGAUUUGGACGAGGAUUUGAGGAAUUUACUGACCACCGAUUUCGAGAUAGGCCACUACAUCAGGGAAAGGAUCGUGCCACGCGCUGUGCUAUUCUUCACAGGAGAGGGAUGUGAGGACGAGGAUGACUUUGAAGAAGAGGAGGAAGAAGAGGACGAUGAGGAAGACGAUGGUGAGUCAGACGAUAAUAAGGAGACAGGAGGAAAAGGCAAUAAAGAUCAACAAAAUUGCAAGCAACAAUAAAUUAACGCUCCCAGCCAGCUCCCCAAUUUACUUCAGAGUGACUUCAAAAAGUUGUAAUAAUAUCUUCCUUAUUUCGUUAUAAUACUUCUACUUGGCUUUUUGAGAUUAUUUUUAUUAUUCGUUAUAGAAAUUCGUUGUUUCUAUGUCAGUUAUUAAAAGGAACUUGUUGAACCUGUGAACGUUUUUGUAGUCGCUACAUCAUCCAGUUUUUAGACUAAUUAAUUCCUAAAUUUGUUUUGUAUGGAAUAUAUUGAAUAAAAUCAUUUCGUAUAA